AUGUCACUCUCCCAUCUUCGUCAAGCAUUCUCCUCACAGCAUAAGGUCAUGGAGAGGUGCAUAAAUCGGAAGCUUCAAUUGUGGAGUAAGCUCAUCCAGUCGUAUGACAACAAUCUUGUACAGUUUAAUGCUUCGAAAACACAGUACUGUACCUUGACGAACAAAAAGCCGGCAGCUGCUGGGAAAAAGCUAGGCUAUUCGUUUAGGGCUAAGACUUCUGGCCUCGAGUAUUGCUCACACGUUUGGGGUGCUGUCCGACUGAUAGAUGACUCUUCUCUAACAGACAGUCUCGGGACCCUUUCGCACCGUCGGGCCCCUGCCAGACAGACUCCCCUGACUUUACAAUUAUCGCAACAAGAAUGCCUUGCUGAGUUACUGUCUGUUUUCGGCAACGAAGCGCCACAUCAGUCGACAAUUUCCCGUUGGUAUGGAGAAUUCAAACGUGGACGGGUGGGUCUUAGCGACGAUCCCAGGGUGGAUAGACAUGUGACAUAUCGCGAGAUUGAGGCGUCCUUGAAGAUCUCAAAGACAACAAUUCAAAAAUUUUUACAUGAAGAAAUAGGAGUAAGAAAAUUAGUUGCUCGUUGGAUACCCCACCUGUUGACUGAAGAGCAGAAAGCAGCCAGGGUUAAUUGGUGUCAAAAAACGCUUGACCGUGAAGAAAAGCCAACAAAAAUCAUCCGUUCUCGAAGUGUUUCGGAGAACAUGGUCACGGCAUUUGUGUCAAAAGCGGGUCAUAUUGCAACAAUUCCUCUUAAUGAGCAAAGAGCUGUUACUGCGGAUUGGUAUAUCACCAUUUGUUUGCCAAAAAUCAUCACCGAGCUUCGAAAAAUCAACCCCGAAAGAAGAAUCAUCCUCCGCCAAGGCAAUGCAAGCUCGCAUACAGCCCAAAAAACAAGGCAGUAUUUAACGGAAGAAAACGUUCCCGAUCUAAGUCCUAACGAUUUCUUACUUUCCCGAAAAUUAAAAACAGACUCAGUUGACGCAUUCAAAAAUGCCGUUUUGGAUCUGCCAGCAACCGAGUGGAAUAAGUGCUUCGAAAAUUGGUUCGAGCGCAUGCAGAUGUGUAUAAUCUUCGUGGAGAAUACUUUGAAAAUCAGUAAAGUCAUUUAA